AUGGGCGUGGCAUCUACUGAAGGAGCCCUUGUACGGGCCGGAGAUACUUCACGAGAAAUUCAAAAUGGCAAAACCUACACCAUCUACGCCAGCACAGCCAGCCAACAGCCUGGUGAUGAUGUCCAAAUACUCAAGGCAGAUACACCCACGGACAAAUUUGUUGCUACUUUAAACAAAGAACAAGCUAUUAUCCUCUCCGAAGCACCAAACCUGACGGCACCCCUGGCAGAUACGGAUAAAACAAAGAAAUGGUUUCAAAGUUUCGACACUGGUGCCACAGGCACGGUGAGUCUUGACAAUGUAACCGACAAGAAUAUCGAAAAGUUCACUGUCUCGUUCAUUGCACCCUGGGCUCUCACAUUCAGUUCCGCCGUGGAUGUCCUCAUUUUCACGUUUGGUGCUUCAAGUGACCUUAUCGGUGGAGGCACAGAGCCUCGAUUUGUCCCCCCAGGCAUUGAUACCGAUGGCAAGAUGCUUACCUUGGGCCUCGAUUUCACUACCACAAAGGACAUUACCGGUGUGAAGCUCGGUGAUUUAUUCAAAUAUGUUGGAUCACAGAAUAUGGUGGACUACUUCUUGCCCAAGAAACUGUCUGGCCUACCACUGACUCUCAAACAACCUGGGAAAGAGGAUGACCCAAAGCGUAAUGCCAUGUGGCUAGUACCAGACGCCGACAUGACUACCACAAUCCGUCUGCAGUUUCAAUUCGAGCAGCUCACGUACCUGCAAGAUCUUUUCAGUAUCGGUCUCAAAGGCUUGACACUUACCAACGCAGAUGCCGUCUGCAAGAGAAAGCUGGUUCUAGGACAGACCGACAAGGGAGAUGUUCCAGUGGAUCAGGGAACCGUCGCAUUGAGCAUCGGAUGCAAGGUCAAGGGCUCUAAGGAAAAUGCCCCAGAAGUUAAAAUGGUCGCCGGUGUUGAGUUUGGAGCCCGCAGCCUCAGCUUGACAUUCAUGUUCCUCUCAGAAAGCCCGCUCAAGGGACUUUUAAUGUGGCUUGCGGAGCUCAUUGAUGACCCGGGCCUGGAAGAAUUUGUCUCUGGACUCCUGAGCAAGAAAGAAGGCAGCUUAAACGUGCUUUCUGCUACCACUCUGCGACGUUUUACCGUUGGACUUGAGACUGAGAGCGGCAAAUACUCGCCCAAAUUGGCAAAAUUCUCAUUUGAUAUUGAAGUUACGGCCAACGUUGGUACGGCAAAAAGCGAUAAACCUGCCGUCUUCCUGCUCUCGUAUCGCUGGAAUAGGAGUGAAGGUGGGCUCGGUACGCUGGAAGGACAGCUCUGGAAUGACAUCACUUCUACGGACAACUUGGAUCUUAAGCCGUCGGUAGAAACGUGGAAUAUCUUGGUGCCCGUCACGAAAGACCCGGCACCCAGCAUUGAGAUUGCAUCUCUGAUACCCGGCCAGACGGUGGUUAACAUUCCCAAUACACUCCCUUCUGAAAUUACACGCGCCUAUAUCCAACUGUCGGACCACUCCUUUGCCAUUGCCGGUACGGCUACUGCCAAGAAAAUUACUCCAGGCUCAGCCCCUCAACCAUAUCUGGGCGAGGUUUCUUUGGACGCAUCCUUCGAAUGGGGCAAGAGCAGUUCCGGAUUUGCCCUCAAGUUUGCAUUCAAUGCAGGCAUUGUGCCAAGUGUAUCGGCCAAGCAUCAAGUACCUGCAGUGUUGGUGGGUUCUUUGAGCUAUCAGUCCCAGGCGAAGAAAUGGGAGCUUAAUGCCUCCCUCAGCAACCUCUACGCCUCAACGUUAGUAGAGUUCUUCGAUGACGAUGUGAAAGAUGCAGUCUGCCCACUCAUUGAAUCUAUUGUCGUUGACAGCCUUAAAGUUAACUAUACAUAUGAGGGCAUCACUGAGGGCACUGAUAAAGGCAAGUCCAAGGGCACGUCUUUUUCAAUCACUGGCGACUUGAUCAUCGCCGGCCUGGAGCUUGGCCUCACAUUUACUCAUGACAAGACGGGCUUCAAAUUUACCGCGUUCCUCACCCCCACCGAUGAGAGUGUCACCAUCGGGGAGGUGCUGGAGGAUAUUCUCGGAGACGAUGAGAUUGAGCUUCCCGACUUUGUGGCAAACACCCCGCUUGUCACCGACAACGAAAAAGCCUUCCAGCUGGACGUUGAAAAGAAGACUGCAACCAUUGAAAAAAAGGAAUCGACUUGGUUCCAUUUCUUGGCUCAAAUCAAUAUCGGCCAAGUACAUGUCAAAUUUGCCCAGUUACGCAGCACCGAUUGGGGCAAAACGGCCUCAUCCAAGCGCCUGGUUCAAGUCGCAGUUGACGGCUUCUCAAAGAAAAAGGUUACGAUUCCACUGGUUGGCGAUGUGGAGCAACCGCUGGAUGAACUCUACUUCCUUUGGGUGCAAGACCCUGACAAUGCAAAGAAUCCUCAGCCUGGGAAAGAGGCCGGUCUUACACGCAAAGACCUCGCCCAGGUGAACGCUGAUGCCACGGAUCCGAUUUUAGUAAAGGACAAGAUCGACCCCAAUCUAGCGAAGGACACGGACAUCUUGGUAGCCGCCGGGUGCCACUUUGCUGUCAUCAUCCAUAGUCCUACCGGCGAAAGAUCAUGCCUGUUGGACUAUGCAUUCAUGAAGCCCAAGCCUAAGCCUAAGCAAUCCGGAUCUGCAUCCGAAAAGGCUCUCGUAUUGAAGGGUGGCAAGGGCAAGAAAGAAGAGCCAGCUGAUGACGGAAGUCCAAGUGCUCAGGCUCCUUUCAAGAAGAAGGCAGGCCCGAUAUCCAUCAGCAAUGUCGGACUCAAGUACAAGGAUAAGAUGCUGGGCUUGAAAUUCGAUGCGGCCUUUGAGUUGGGUCCUAUCGGUUUCUCGCUGAUUGGCUUCACCAUCAUGGUGGACAUCAAGUCUCUUAGCUCGACACCCACGUUCUCGGCAAGCAUUGAAGGUCUUGCCGCUGCUUUUGACAAGCCGCCGUUGAUGAUCGCAGGCAUUAUUCGCCAUGGCAACACAGGCGGCAUCGAUUACUACGCUGGUGGCCUCAUCGUGGGUUGGGUGCCCUACCAAUUCCAAGCGGCCGGCUUCUAUGGUACGGUAACGCCCAAGGGCCAAGACGCUUUCAAAUCCGUCUUUGUCUUUGCCAAACUUGAUGGCCCCCUCAUUACACUGGAGUUUGCAGAGAUCUCGGGCAUAUGUGGUGGCUUCGGCUACAACAGCAAUGUCCGCGUGCCCACGGCAGAGGAGAUUUACCAGUUCCCCUUCAUCGCCAGUACUGAUCUCGGAGGUGCGGCAAAUGCCAUGGAAGCUCUACAAAAGCUCACAGAUCCCGGUCCGUCUGGGUGGUUCCAGCCUCUCAAUGACACGUACUGGGCUGCUGUGGGUAUGAAGAUUGAUGCCUUUGAGAUGAUCAGCCUUGAUGCAGUUGUGGUUGUGCAAUUUGGUCAAGCCAUCAAGCUGGGCAUCUUUGCGCUCGCCCUCGCGGACAUUCCAAAUGCAAAGUCUCCCGUCAAAUUUGCCCACGUUGAACUCGGCAUUGCAGCCGUGGCAGAUUUUGAAUUCGGCACCCUCAAGAUUGAAGCGCAGCUGUCUCCGCGGUCCUUCAUUUUGUAUCAGGACUGCCAUCUUACUGGCGGCAUGGGACUUUACUACUGGUUCGAUACUCCCAAAGCUGACAAAUCGAUUGUUGGCGACUUCGUCUUUACGUUGGGAGGUUAUCACCAAGCAUACAAGGUCCCAGUGGGAUACCCCAAUCCCCCUCGCCUUGGAAUUAGCUGGAGCCUCGGCAGCAACCUGAGCAUCACAGGGCAAGCAUACUUUGCCAUCACUCCUAAAGCUUGCAUGGGCGGUGGACGACUUCAUGCUUCCUUCCACGCCGGUCCUCUCGAGGCCUGGUUCGAUGCAUUUGCUGACUUCCUCAUCAACUACAAGCCGUUCCACUUCAAUGCCCAAGCGGGUUUGUCUGUUGGUGUCCGCUUCAACGUGGACUUCCUCUUCAUUCACACCCAUAUUUCUGUCGAAAUCGGUGCUCAGUUGUACCUCUGGGGACCUCCAUUGGCAGGUCGCGUCCACGUCGAUUUCUGGAUUGUUGCCUUCGACAUCAACUUUGGCGACUCAGAGCAAAAGAUCGAGGCCGUGGACUUACUCAAGUUCUACCAGCUUGUACUGCAAGCAUCUGAAGACCCGUCCAAGACGGCUCAGGCCUUCAUUACCAUGGGCAAAGAGGCAGAAGAAGAAGGGGAAGAAAAGACAGCUAUGUUGGCAGACGACAAGUACCCAGACCCAAAGGAGAACGAAGCGCACAACUUCCUCGCCCAGACUGGUCUGUUGAAUUCGGCAGAGAAUCCAACGAGGAAAACAACCGACCCAUGGGUAGUCCGAGCAGGAUCCUUCUCCUUCAUUGUUGCAUGCAAGAUGGCCAUCAAUGAGUUUAAGAAUGAAAAAGACAAGGAUCCUAUCAUUAAAGGCGGCGACGUCUUUAGCAAGCCCAUGCAACUGGAUCAAUCCAUGACAUCAACCCUUCUUGUGACGGUCGCCCAGAAUGGAAAAGAAGAUAAUGGAUGGCAAUACGAAAAGUACACCAAGAAUGUGCCGAGAGCUCUUUGGGCCAAGUAUGACCCAAGUCAGGAUCCCAGCGGUGGUAAAAACAACAUCACCGAUCUUCUCAAAGGCGAUGACAGUUCCGUUACUCUGAUGAUGGGCGUGAAAUUGACCGCACCCAAGGCCCAAAUGGCGCCUGAUCCUUUCCCGGCGUUUGACGUAGCUGACGCUUCACUGGAGCGCCUCAAGUCUGUCAAACCGUUCCCAGCCAUUGCAAAUGCCAACACAGCCUGGGAACCUGUCGAGCCCUUCAAGAAGAAAGACGAGCAUGACAAGGAGGUGGAAGACUUUGACAAACAGUACGCUGCCGUGCUAGAUAGCUGGUCCAACCCUUCGUGGGGCACGGAAGACGAUGGACAAAAGGGAUUCGUAGGUAUCCUGGCAGAGAGCUUCAAGUGGGACAAGCCAGAUUUGCUCAAGAGCACUGCAGGAAUUCCGGAGAGGUUGAAGAAGGGAUUCAUGAAGAUGUAUGUAGCAGCACCGCUGUUGACUGCUUGA